GAGCACGAACACUCCCAACCGCCAUCAAACAAGAGCUCUAGAGACGAACUCAACAGAACAUCGCGAGAACGCAGGACGUGACAAGAUGAGUGUCGAUAGCGAGUACGAAGUUGAAAGUGUUCAUCGUGCCAAAGUACAGAAGGAUGGGCGACGGAAAACAUGGCUGUACGACGUCAAGUGGAAAAACUACGACUUGAAGGACAACACGUGGGAGCCACCAGAGUCGUUCGCUGGAGGAUCAGAACAUUUCAUCGAACAUUUUUGGGGUCGUGUUGACCCUGGCGGAAGGGAUUGGAGAGAUCUGGGCAAGUUCAAAGUGGGCGAGGAAUUCUUUCCCCAGGGACCCCCGCGAGGGAAACGAAAGGCCAACAAACAGAAACCUCUGAUUUUGGAGGCUCCACGCCGCUCUGAGCGUUCUGCAAAAAACUCAGAAACGGAAGUCAAAUCGCUCGUUAGCGAGGAAGGCAACCAGGCGCGCAAGCGUCGAGCAGCAGAUGCACCAGCCGGAGAAAGGCCAGGUGGUGCCAAGCGUCAGCGACGUGACGAGUCGAAGGCCGCACCCGAUGAAACUGUGUCAACCAACUCUCACAAAGGCAGCCAUAAGCGUCGAGCCCCCGCCUUUUCAAAAUUGGAGCCUCAGCCUUUUGGUUCUAUUGCCGACUCAACGGACUCUGGAUGUAGUUCGGCUGAAGUGACAUCGGAAAAGCCCCGUCGUCAACCCGGGACACGACGAAAGCCUUCCCAGAGGGUGGUCAGGGACCCCUCACCUACAGCCGGUAAUAUAGCUAGAGAGGAAGCUGUGGCGGACGCGCCCAGCUCUCUUCCGGCCGGACCGUCUUUGCGAGAAGAGAAGUCCGAUGAGACUAUCCAUCAAGACGUGCCAAUGUUCGGCGACCCGGUUUUGUUGAACGUGCAGGAGAACUGUCCUUCCGCUGAAGAGAGCAUCCCUGCUCAGCGUGCGCGUGCAGCUAACCCCAAAGUGAAACGGUUCGAAGAUCCACUCAGGAGAGUAGCCGAGACUUCUGAGAGUGUAAGUCAAGUAAAGGCGAGAAUCAUGAGGCGCAGCGAAGCGAACGGAAUUACCGUCGAGCCGGUCGCUGGCCCUUCCAGCAGCCCUCGGAGAAAUAGGGCCCGUGAGGCUCGAGUGGCCCAACGGCAAUCUGAUAGUGCUCACUCUUCUCCUUCUCGAGCAUCCAAGACUGAAUCCGGGCGUCCCUCGCGACACGUCGUCACGGGCAGCAGCUCGCUCCUCACGUUCAAGAAUGGCUCCCUUACUACUGUCAAGGGCAAAUCGAAGCCGUCUCGUACAAUUGUUGACCUUGAUGAAGAAGCUGAAGAGCUCUCACUCGGUGACGGCUCUUUUCUGCAGAUCGUGGAAAGGACAGCACAUAUUGAAACGGCGGGCCGAGCGGACGAGUCGCCAAUAGUACCGACUGGCGCAGAACUGUUGGAAUUGGCGGGGAUGGACGCGGAGGCGACGGCUCUGCCGGACUUUGAGGAUGAUGCAGAUGCGAUUGGCGAGCCCGAUUCGGACGCACAGUCGGUCGGGGUCCCGUCUACCAGCGCGAGAUCAGUCAACCCCUUGGCGGAUGAUACGAUGUCCAUCGUCGAACCGUCUGUGGCAAAGGCUGACGUUGUUGUUGAGGACAUUGCACUUCAUCAUGAUGCAGCGGCUGCAAUGGGUACUGAAUCUCUCAGCAAGGAGCCAGAGUCGGCGGUGGAAGGCGCUGCUGUAGAGCGCAUGCUCACGGACGACGCGCUUGCGGUUCAGGAGGAGCCGGAGGCUGAUGCAAUGCAGGUGGAUGACGAGGAACAGGUGGCGGGCAAUGAUGCAGCUGAGGAGUCAAAGUCAGCGAAUGCAAAAUCUACUGAAGGUGUUUCGAGUGCAUUUUUCUCCGCAUGGAAAAUGACCAUUUUUGGUCCACUAGGCCUUGGAAGAGAACGCCCUGUUGUUCCCCAGAGUGGAGAGGAAGCCAACUCGGCGGAGGAGGCUCGCUCAGAGCUAUUUCUCAAUCUUGACUCCGACGUUUCCGUGCCACUGUUACUCAAGGAUAUCCACUCCGAGAAGUCUGACGCUUCGUUCAGCAAGCCCAUGGCACCCGGCAAAUUCUACAAAAGCGAGCACGCUCUUGCUCUGUUAGACGCUCUGCGUGCUGCAGACUUCUCUGCCAGGCUCGAAAUAGACCCAGCUGCAAGUGACGCGCAGAAAGAGCACUUUGAGCGGUUCUGCUCGCGCUUGCGUGCGGGCGAAUUGUUUGUUGAGAUGGCAGGCAAAGCGUUGCUUGCAAUGUGUUCGUCUAAUAACCAGCCCCUUGCUGAAAAUCUGCAGAUUCCCGCGGAUCUUCGUGAAAUUGGCACUGGCGUGCUGGUGGCAGAGGUUGCCAUUGCCAACUACUCCGCCUACGCUACUGCGGUCGAACACGCAGAUGGUGUUCGCUGGUGUGCUUGA